UCGCUAGUGGUCACAGAUUCACAGUUAUUCUUGAACAAGUACAGUACAAACAGUAUGUAAUAUUUAACGGCCAUCACAACUAGAAUUAUUUGGUUACCGUGUCUUCUUGUUGUAGGACUAUUAGUAGUAUAUACUUAUUAUCACUUCACUGCUGUUCUUCAUCCAUUCAUGGCAGGAUAACACACACAGAGUGAGAGCGAGCAAAAUGAAGUUACCUGCUGCAAUGGGUCUGCAACUGUUCUUCAUCUCAUUUACAUUAAUGGCUUUAUUGCAACAAUCAACAAGUUAUAACAGUGAAGUCUCAUUAAAACUCAAUGAUGAUGUAUUGGGUUUAAUAGUACUCAAAUCAGAUCUCCAUGACCCAUUUUCAAAUCUUAUAUCUUGGAAUGAAGAUGAUGUGAACCCAUGUUCAUGGAACUACAUUAAAUGUGAUGAUUCAACAAAUAGUAAAGUCAUUGGUGUCUCAUUAGAUAACUUAGGGUUAUCAGGAAAGUUGAAUAGAGGAUUAGAGAAGUUGGAGAAUUUGCAAUCUCUAUCUCUAGCUCAUAAUAACUUCACUGGUAAUAUUAGUCCUCAACUUUCUCAUAUUGCUUCUCUUCAAAAUCUUGAUCUUAGUAAUAACAAGUUUUCUGGGAGAAUUCCUGCGGAGUUCAAUCUGAGUUCAUUCAAGUUUCUUGAUUUUUCGGGUAAUUCGUUAACCGGGGAAAUCCCGGAUGCUUUGUUUCAAAAUGGUUGUCUUUCUUUGAAUUACAUUUCAUUGAGUGAUAAUCUUCUUGAAGGUUUAAUUCCUUACUCUCUUCAAAAAUGUGUGUCCUUGGCGAAUCUCAAUUUCUCCAACAAUCAUCUCUCUGGUAGUGUGGAGUUUGCUAAUGGGAUUUGGAUGCUGAAGAAGUUGAGAACAUUAGAUCUUUCAAACAAUGGAUUUUCAGGGUUCAUCCCGAAUGGUGUUUAUGUUCUUCACAUCUUGAAAGAAGUGCAUUUGCAGGGAAAUCAGUUCUCUGGUUCUUUACCUGGAGAUUUCGGGUUAUGUCCACAUUUAACUCAUUUGGAUUUCAGCAAUAAUCUCUUCACUGGAGGUGUUCCAACCUUACUUCAAAGGCUCAAAUCUGCUACAUUUUUCAGCUUAUCGAAUAAUAAGCUAACGGGCGGUUUCCCGAAGUGGAUUAGUAACAUGUACAGCCUUCAAUACUUGGAUUUUUCCAGCAAUGCUUUCAGUGGAAACAUACCUGCGUCGUUGGGUGAUCUUCAAUCGCUGAAUUACUUGAGUUUAUCAGAUAAUCAACUUUCUGGGAGCAUUCCGAAGAGUCUGUUUGAGCUGGGAUUGACGGAAGUCUACUUGUCGCGGAACAAAUUAACUGGUUCAAUUCCACCUGGUUCAAGCCGAAUGUUCGAUUCUAUUCUAGCACUGGAUCUUUCGCAGAACAAGUUAACAGGAGUUAUUCCUGUUGAGAUUGGUCUAUCUUCACAUUUGCAGUACUUGAACAUGUCUUGGAAUGAGCUUCAUUCAACAUUGGCUCUUAAACAAGGUUACUUUCCCGAUUUAUCCAUGUUGGACCUGCGUAACAAUGCGUUAUAUGGGUCAAUUCCUGAAGAGUUAUGUCAAUCCAAAAAUUUAGCCAUCCUGCAGCUGGAUGGAAACUCUAUGACAGGUUCAAUACCUGAAGAAAUUGGGAAUUGUUCGUCGCUCUACUUGCUGAGCUUGUCAAACAAUAGCUUGCAGGGUUCAAUUCCAAAGACGUUGUCGAAGCUGAAGAAGCUUGCAGUUCUCAACUUGGAACUAAACGAAUUAACCGGUGAAAUUCCACAAGAGCUCGGGGGCUUAGACAAUCUUGUUGCAGUGAAUGUUUCAUAUAACAGGCUUACUGGAAGGCUUCCUACCGGUGGAAUUUUCACGAAUCUAGGGAGAAGUUCACUGCAAGGUAACUUGGGAAUAUGUUCACCACUGUUGAAGGGACCUUGUAGGAUGAAUGUCUCAAAGCCAUUAGUCCUUGACCCAAAUUCUUACAACAAUCAAAUGGGUGGUGCUGGUAACUCGAGACCAAGAUUUUCUGAGUCUGCACAAUCCCGGCAACAUAGAUUCUUCAGUGUUUCUGCCAUAAUUGCGAUAUCCGCUGCUCUACUGAUUAUUCUUGGUGUUGUUGUGAUAACUCUACUUAAUGUUUCUAUGAGAAGAAGGCUAGCAUUUGUUGAUACUGCGCUGGAAAGUAUGUGCUCAAGUUCUCAAGCAUCAGAUAUUAGUUCAGCUGGUAAACUUGUUCUGUUCGACUCGAAAUCAUCUGAAGACUGGGACCAUAAUGCUGAAACACUACUUAACAAAGCUUCUGAGAUCGGAAGAGGAGUGUUUGGGACAGUUUACAAGGCUUCAAUAGGUGGACAAGGAAGGAGUGUGGCCAUAAAGAAGCUGGUGACAUCAAAUAUACUUCAAAAUCCAGAAGAUUUCGAUAGAGAAGUUCGAAUUUUAGGAAAAAUGAAGCACCCAAACCUGAUGACAGUGAAGGGUUAUUAUUGGACACCUCGCUUGCAGCUUCUGAUAGCUGAUUACGCUCCAAACGGAAGCUUGCACUCGAAACUUCAUGAGAGAUCUCCAUCUAGUCCUUGUCUAUCAUGGGCCAAUAGAUUCAAGAUUGCUCUAGGAACUGCAAAGGGACUUGCUCACCUGCAUGAAGCUUUCCAUCAGCCGCUAAUACACUACAAUGUGAAACCGAGCAACAUCUUGCUGGACGAGAAUUACAAUGCAAAACUAUCAGAUUUUGGACUAGCAAGAUUACUUACAAAGCUCGAUAAGCACGUAAUAAGUAGUAGAUUUCAGAGUGCAUUAGGCUACGUGGCGCCAGAGUUAGCCUGUCAAAGCAUAAGAAUCAAUGAGAAAAGCGACAUUUAUGGAUUUGGUGUGAUGAUUUUAGAGCUUGUGACAGGGAGAAGACCAGUAGAGUACGGAGAAGAUGACGUAGUAGUGCUCAGUGACCAUGUUAGAGUUCUUCUUGAACAAGGGAAUAUGCUGGACUGCGUUGAUCCGAGUAUGAAUGAGUAUCCAGAGGAAGAAGUCUUGCCAGUUCUCAAAUUGGGUUUAGUUUGCACAUCUCAGAUACCUUCUAGCAGACCAUCAAUGUCAGAUGUGGUGCAAAUAUUACAAGUUAUUAAGACCCCAAUCCCACAGCACAUGGAAGCAUUCUGAGGAAAACAAACCAAGAGCUGUAGUAACAAUGUGUUAUUAAAAAGCUGUCUAAUUUUUUUGUAUCUUACUGUAAUGCAUUCGC